AUGAAUGCUCUGACGGCGCUCAAUGUUGAUAAAUUCAAGUCAUUCGAUGUCAUCACCACGCACUACAAAACAGUAGGUGGGAACAAUCAGCCGAUUUGCACAGAUAUCUUGAUUCCCAAGUCUAUAGUGCGGCAGCAACAACCUAGACAAUGCCCCGUUAUUGUGCGGAUUCACGGUGGAUUCCUGAUCACUGGUUCCAACCGAUACGCACCCUGGUUCUCAAGCUGGAUCCUAGAGUAUGCUCUUACAAACCAGGCAAUCAUUGUCUCGCCAAACUAUCGCCUGCUCCCAGAAGCAUCAGGGCAGGAUAUAUUAGAUGAUAUGGAGGACUUCUGGCGAUGGCUGCACAGCGAUCAAUUCAUGCAGUCUGUCGCCAAGGCUGGCCGGUCGUAUCUUGUGCCAAAUCUCGACCAGUUGCUUGUUUUGGGUGAAAGUGCCGGAGGCUACCUAGCAAUCCAACUCGCUAUCAGCCACCCGUCCGAGAUCCGCGCCGUCAUCGGCGCCUACCCCAUGCUCGACUUCAAGGUCCCCUUCUACACGGACGUGUACUCCAAGCCUAUCGUCGGCGUGCCCAACGUGCCAAACCGGGUAAUCGAAGAUCACCUCCUCAGUACCCGUGGAGCCCCCAUGGUAGUCACUGCGGCUGACCCGCCCGACCGACUGCAGCUCGCGUUCGCAAUUGUUCAGAAUGGGCGUUUUCUAGAAUUUUUCGGCUCGACAAAGGAUUCCGCUCUCUUUCCAAUGGAGAGUAUCGAGCGUCUUGCCGCCGAGGGGAGACUCAAACUCCCACCUCUGUUUGUAUUCCACGGAGAGCAGGAUUCGGCUGUCCCCGUUGACGGUUCCCGGCGCUUUGUUGCCAAAUUGUGCCAGCUCUUGCCUACGGCGCAGGUGGAGUUCUAUACCCAGGAUGGGGACCACGGGUUUGACGUGGAGGCUACGCUGCACACUCCGUGGCUUAGAGACGGGCUGCGAAGCAUUUCCAGGGCGUGGCUGGACGGUCGUAAUGCUCGGGGUACACGUUUAUGA